AUGUGGUCUUCGGUGGGUGCGUGUCCGCGCAGCCGGCACCGUGUGCGGCGCAGUGCCAUUGCAGCUGUGCGUGUGGCGCUUCUUUUGGCGUUGGCGCUGGCUGCUGCUGCUGCGUGGAUGCCUGCGGUGCAUGCGGUGGUGUUGCGACUGCGGGGCGGCACGGUGGACAGAGCCAUCACGGUUGGCCGCGCCGUGGACACGGUGCUGAUGGACGGCGUGUGCAUCACGAACGGCGUGGCUGUGGUGUUCGACGUCGCUGCGAUGCUUCCCGGUGCGCUGCGCAUUGAAAUGAGGAACUGCGUGUGCGACGGCGGUGCGCAGAUCUACGUGCGGGGCUACAGCGGCGAGCCGACGAGUGACCGGAGCCUGGAGGUGAGCGUGAGCGGGCUGUCCGGGAGCUACUGCUCGCUUGUGUUUGUGGACAACCUGCCGGCACACACGAACGUGACGGUCCGUGACUCGACGAUUGUGACGGCGGGACCGAUGCGCUACUCGCAGCUGAGUGGGCUGACGGACGCGGUGGCGUCGCCGCUUGUGCUGCACGCGACGUCGCUGUUGCAGUCGCAGCUGCGUGUGAGCAACACUGUGCUGAGGUCGUCGCGGGCGGGCGGGUCGGCGGUGUACGUUGGCGGCGGUGUGGACCUGCUGUCGAGCGCGGUGGUGCUUGACGGCGUGUUGCUGGAGGCGUCGGGCGGUCCGACCGCGUCCGCGAUGCGUGUGGCGUCCUCGUCGCGCCUCAGUCUGCGGAGCCACUCGGUGUUCUCCGUGACGAACGUGUCGGUUGUGAGCAGCGGCGGCGGCAUUGUGCUCGGAGAGCGCCUUGCGGUGCUUGAUUCGGUGCUGCGCUUCGUGGCCGUCGAGGGGUCUGCUGCGUCGUCGCUGGUGCGCUGCGACGGUGGGACGGUCGGUGACGGCGGGUGGAUGGAGCUGCGCGACGUGUGGGCGGUGGGCGAGGCGUCGUCUGUGGCGUCGCUGUCGGGGGUGACGCUGAGCGGCGGCGCUGUGUCGAUUGCGCGCUGCACUGCCGCCGGCGCGACGCUCGUCUCCGGGCCGACGAUCACGAGCGGCGUCGUGUGGGUGCAGUGCAACCGUGCCGGCGGCCGGGUGCUGCAGAGCAGCGGAGACUAUCGCAUGGCCGGCCUGCCCUCCGUGAGCGUGGUGCCGUGCGACGGCUGUGCGGCUGCGCUGGCGUGCUUCGAUGUGCUGACUGCGUCGUUCUCCGACUGCGUGUGCAGCUGCCGUGCCGGCGGUGUGGGCGACGCGUGCAUGCCGUUCGACGUGCCGCCUGCGAGGGCCGGCGGCGGUGGUGGCGGUGCGCAGGGCUGCGUGAGUGGCGUGACGCUGACGGAGUCGGUGACGGUUGGCGGUGGGCAGGCGACGGCGUGCUUCGACUCGGUGGUGUUCAGCGGGCCGAUCACUGUGGCGGUGGACCUGCGCUCGAUGGAUGCGUUCGCUGACGCGCUGAACGUGACGCUGCGCGACUGCGUGCUUGCGGGCGGGUCGCAGCUGCGGAUUGGCGGCCUCAGCGAGAGCACGGCGCUUUCGAAACCUCACGCCCUCGUCAACAUGACGAAUGUGACUUCACUGGAGGGCACGAUUGUGCUGCAUGGCGCGAUACCGCUGCACUCGAGUAUACUGCUGGCGAACUCAACGCUGCGCGCGACGGUUGGCGGGUCGCAGUACGUGCCGGUGACUCCUGGCCGUGCGGGAUCCCGGUACGGCCCCGUGCUUGUCCUGGACGGUGUCCGGCUUCUGUCGACGCGGUUUGUCAUGACGCGGUCGACGCUGGUGUGUGGCGGGGAAUUGUGCGCUGCGAUCCUCGUGGAGCGCAGCCUCGUCGUGAACAAGUCCAGCGUCUUUUACAUGGACAACUGCGCUGUCCUGUCGCGGACGCACGUGAUUUACGCUCUUGCGUCGGAACUGCGUGUUGGCAGCGGCUCCGUGUUCUCCAUACAGAACAGCUCGUGGAGUGCGCCGAGCACCGAAUUCCACAAGGGCUCGUGCGUGUUCAAGGGUGUUGUUUUGGAUGGCGGCAGCGUGCUGCAGGUUGUGUCCAGCACUUUCCGUCUUGGCUUCGCCAUGCUCAUGGCAAACACGCUGACUGUGACUGGCGGCAGCUGGCUGGUGCACCGCGACAACGAGUUUCGCACCGCCUACGUUGUGUACGUGGCUGCCUACUACGGCGUUGCAUUUUGCGAUCGGAGUGUGUGGUCGAUACUUUACAACAACUUGACGUACGGCUCGUACUUGUCAACAAGUGUAAGUAUGACAAGCAACUGGUCACCGCCAUCCGACACGCGCCCGACCAUCUACGGCGUGUGCAACGAGGCAAUGGGCUCUCCUGUGACGAAUUACGGAGAAGACCUCAAUAUUGGAGCACCCGUGACGGUGUUGGACUGUGGCGCGUGCACCGUGGACUCCGUGUGCUUUGCAGCGAGGACGAGCAGCAUCAGCGGCUGUGAGUGUGUGUGCGCUGCUGGCGGCUACGGUGACACGUGCCUGCCAGCAGCGGUUCCGGACGGCCUUGGGCCGCUCCCGCUCCCCGACGCGAAGGACACGGAGGUCCGCUGCGUGCACGGUGGCAGCAUCAGCUCCGUGGAAUAUCCUGGUCCCGGUGUGCGUGGUCUGUGCUUCGUCAACGUGACCUUUACUGAUGCGAUUGUGCUGGACCUGUGGAGCUUCGACGCGCCAGAACAAACACUCAACAUCACGCUGCUGCAGUGCGUCCUCAUAGGCCUGUCGAUCAAGGGAAGUGGUGCGAGAGUGCACGUGAACGUGACAUCCUUGGUAUUGGAUCCUGGUGCAUUGGAGUUUGAGGGUGAUUUUGGUGCGAGCUCGCAGAUACUGGUGGUGGGCAGCACGCUUGUGACGACGUCGAGCCACGCCAUUUCCUUUGUGAAGUUUUUUCUCGGUGCGAACUCGACGCUGCUGCUACUUGACAACCGCAUCGAGGGGAAUCGGUACGCAAUUUGUUUCACCAUUGUUGCUGUCGUUGAUGGUGGCGGGAUCAUUGUGAAGGGAAAUACGCUGAGGACAACGGAGGAAGAUGAGGGUGUGGAAUCAUCUGUUUGCGUUAAUGCCGUUGGAGUGAAGAACGGCGGCUACAUUGACGUGGAGAACAACACGAUGAGCUCGGUCAAUGGCGUUAUUCUUUUUGGGGAUACCACCGUGAGCUCCGCGGGGCUGCUGAGAGUGGCGGAUUGCACCUUCGCUGGCGGUACUGAAUUUUUUGAUCCUGCGCUGGUGUAUUUGUCUGGCUCGGUGACCCUCGAGGGCGGUGCGCAGUGGCGUGUGACGGACAACAACGUAAGUGCAGCCUCAAUAAUAAGUAUAUCGCGUCCCGAGCACAAAAUUCGGCUGUCAGACAGUGGCACCACCGUGGCGCUUGCAAACAACCGUCAGGUGGAGGGAAGUGCAGUCUUUGCCAAACUUCUUCCACCGAACACGAUUGUGGCGUCGCCCGCGCAAUUUGUGGUUGGGUGCAACCUGCACGGCGAUGAGGAGGUGUCGUACGACGAUGUGUUUCCGGAGGAAGUGGUGAUUUUCAGGUGUGGCACGUGCAACGACGACGCGGCGUGCUACAUGCCCGGGACGGAGUCGGUGGACCGCAGCUCGUGCUCGUGCAGCUGCAGGGUCGGAUGGCAUGGCGCGUCGUGUCUUCCCCUCGAGGUGCCCGACACGGUCGUGCCGCCCUUGCCGGAGAGAGCCGUCGACGGCGACACGAGCUGCGUGGUGAACCAGACACUGACGAGCCUCACGCUGAAGAUGUGGAAGACGCACCACUGCUACGUGGAUGUGACAUUCAGCGGCGUGGGUGCUGUGUUGACGUUUUUCCUCAACAGUAUGCCGCUGCAUCUCCCCAUCAACAUCACUUUCACUGGGUGCACAUUCUGUGGCGGUGCCGCGCUGCAGUUUGUUGGUGGUGCUGAGGCGGCGGAGUCAUCUGGCGUCCUGAUCCGCGUGAGCCAGACAGUGAUGCGUUCCUCCACCGUUGCUUUUAUGCGUGCUCUCCCGCAGUACUGCGACAUUGCCGUCACGGAGAUAGAUGCGGUGCAGUCUUCUGUCGUCCAGCUGCCGGACAUUAUGAGCAACAUGCUGAGUGUUGUGAUGCUGCACGAAGUUGUCUUGAGUGCGUCCUCGCUGUUGGCCAGUAAAUUCAAGGUGCAUGGGUCGAGUUAUCGCGGGUUUGGUUUUUACUCGACAGGAGCGUUAAAGCUGGUGCGUGGCAGCUCGCUCUAUGUGCGGUACUGCAGCUUCGAGGAAUACAUGCAUCUGUUGUACAUGCAUAUCCUCAGUGUCCACGAUCACUCUGUUUUUGCGCUGCUCAACAAUACAAUGGCCUUUGGGGCAAGCCUUCUUUAUCUGCGCCACGGAUUCAGCGUGUCGGAUCACAGCGUGUUGCGCGUGGUGGGGAACAGCGGCUCCGUGCGCUACGCCAUCUGUAACGACAACUUGUGGACCGUUCAGCAGUCAAGCUGGUUGGAUUGGCGUGACAACGACGUGGGUUUGGGUGCAAUGAUAUACGGCACUGAUUCCGCUUUUGUGAGCAUCGACGGCAGUAGUGUGCUGACGCUGACGGGCUGCAAGAUGGGCUCGACGGGGUUGCCGGUGUCCCUGCUAUCUCGGGCUGACGCCGGCUACCGGUUUGUUGCUGGGUGUCUGACGGUCGCGGGACGGGAGGUGACGACGGCGGAAGAACUGGAGCUCCACGGCAUCACCAACGUGACGACGGUUGCUGUGUGCGGGGAGUGCACGAAGGAUGGCGACUGCUUUGCUCCGCUGACUACGGCGGUCAGUGACUGCAAGUGCCAGUGCGCUGCUGGAGGGCACGGCGAUGUGUGCGUCCCUGCGCCUGUGCCUGCUGGCCCGCCACCGCCACCGCUACCACCAGCAACACCCACGCCGCCACCACCGCCGGUUGGUGAGUGCAUCAGCGACUUGGUGUACCCCGAGGUUGCGCAGUCUGUGGGCGGCGGGCUGUCGUGGCUGUGCUACCGCAACGUGACGUUCAGCGGGGGCGGCAUGAGCCUGACGGUGCUGAUUGGGGCGAUGGCGGGCGACGUGGCGAAUGUCACGUUCGAUGGAUGCACGUGGAGGGACGGCGCCGUGCUGUUACUGUUGGGCAAUGCGUACGCCGCUGUGGGGUCGCUUAACAUCGUCGUCACCGGCAACACGUUCCGUGACGCGCUGCUCAGCCCGGAGGGUGUGUUUCCACCGCGCACGAACAUCAC